AUGCGAGCUCGCACCGUCUCGGCCGCCGGGCUGAUUCUCACGCGACCGUCUUCGACCUCCGUGUGCUCCCAAUGCCUCCGUGAAGACCUCCACUCAUCCUACACUUUUAUUCAAUCCCGAAAAUACCACCCCACCCGUCGAAAGGAUGCUUCUCCAUUCGGUGCCGCCGUGUCAGCUGCGCAGGCCAUCUUCAAGGGCAUGCCAAAAGCACCUGAGGGCAUUUCCGUGGACCCAUUACGCAUGGUUGGCAAGGAAUUGAAGUUUCUCAGCAAGAACAUCCGCCAAUUGCUGGGGUCAGGUCAUCCGGCUUUAGAUAAGGUGGCUAAAUAUUAUACACACAGCGAGGGCAAACACAUGCGGCCGAUGCUGGUCUUGCUCAUGUCCCAGGCGACAGCGUUGGACCCUCGGAAGCAAACGAAUCCUGCUAGCCCAAGUCCUGUCGAUAGCCCGCUCAGCUCACCAUCAAUUCUCGAUGAUUCCAAUCCAACCAUUAAUCCACUUGUGUCCCGGAAUGCCGAGAGCGAGUACAGCUUUGCUGGCGACGACAACAUUCUCCCUUCGCAGCGCCGUUUAGCUGAGAUCACUGAACUUAUCCAUACUGCCUCUCUCCUCCAUGACGAUGUCAUUGAUAACGCCGUGACCCGUCGCGCAAACAGCUCAGCCAACCUAGCCUUCGGAAAUAAGAUGGCGGUCCUGGCAGGUGAUUUCUUGCUCGGUCGUGCUUCUGUGGCUUUGGCCCGGCUGCGUGACCCCGAAGUCACUGAGCUGAUGGCCACUGUGAUCGCCAACCUAGUGGAGGGCGAAUUCAUGCAGUUAAAGAACACCGCCCAGGACGAGGCCAACCCGCAAUACACCGAUGAGACCCUGUCAUACUACCUCCAGAAGACUUAUCUGAAGACUGCCAGUCUGAUCAGUAAGUCGUGUCGCUCUGCUGCCGUCCUGGGCCGCAGCGCUCCCGAGGUUAUUGAGGCGUCUUACGCGUAUGGUCGCAACCUGGGCCUGGCGUUCCAGCUGGUGGAUGACAUGCUGGAUUAUACCGUUACCGAGGCCGAGCUGGGCAAGGCCUCCGGAGCUGAUUUGGAGCUGGGUUUGGCUACUGCCCCGCUGUUGUUUGCUUGGAAGAGUAACCCCGAACUCGGACCGUUGGUUGGCCGCAAGUUCCGCGAGGAAGGCGAUGUGCAGCGGGCCCGUGAGAUCGUCUACCGCAGUGACGGUGUGGAGCAAACGCGUCGUUUGGCUCAAGACUACGCCGAUAAGGCCGUUGAGGCCAUCAGCGACUUCCCUGACUGUGAGGCCAAGACUGGGCUGAUCGACAUGUGUGACAAAACCAUGAGGCGGCGCAAGUAA